AGGAGUGGUUUGCAGUCCGCGAUACCGUGGAGCAACUACUUGCCGGGGGUCGUCGGGGUCGCACCGACGCAUCCUCCAAGCAGGAGUCACGGGGCACCGCCGGUCUUGGGGCCGCAUCCCGCUGCAAGUCAUCGAGGUCACUCGGGUCAUCCGAGCGACCCGGGCGGGGCUCCGGCCGCCGCCGCGCACGUAGCCAACUGCAACUUGAGUAUAUCUCAGCAACGGGAGCGCGAGGAGCGAGAGAUCCGGGAGAUCCGCGAGCGGGAGACCGAGAAGCAGCAACAGCGCUCGGGGAUCGAAGCCAGGGAUCACAUGCGGGAUCACAUGGCCGCGCACCACAGAGCCACCUACUACACGCUCACGGGUCACGCGAAUGUACCUACACAGGUGCCGCGACCCUCGAGCGUGCCCGGAAAGGUCGACUACCCGCCUCCGCCGGCGCACACGCGGUUGACGAAGCCGCCAGGUGCUCUUCACGAGAAAUCAUCCACUGUAGUUGGCUCGUCGCACAGCUCAUUACCGAAAGCCGAGCCGAACGUGAACCUGUUCAAUUAUUCGUCGACGUACCAGCCGUCCUGUCCGACGUACCUGCCGCCGCACGAUCUGAAGAACGAGCUGCGACAGUCGUCGUCAAAGUCUCAGCCGGGCAAGAGCGGGCUCGCCGGCGACCACGAGAGGGACCACCACGGCAGAGAGGUGCUGCAGAACCCGCCGUCACUGCUGCCGGAUCACAAGAGCUCGGUGAUUGUGAAGAACGAGGGCAGGGAACUGGCGAAAGCGCCGACGCCGCAGCAGCUCGCCCCGAUGAACGCGAGAAGCUACUUGCCUCUUCAACCAAUGCCGCACAAGUCAUACGAGCCGCCAUUCAGGAGUUUGACGCAGAGCCCGCACCAUCUGCAUCCCGCGCAUCCUAUGGAAAGUCUACAGGCGGCGAAGAGCAUCGUCUCGUCGGCGAGUCAUCAUCGGGGCGGUAGCGGCGCGCCGACGACGACGACGACGACGCAGCAGCAACUGCCGAGUCCGCACAGCCAUCCGCCACCGCCGCCAGCGCCUCCCGAACCGCGUCUGCAUUCGCAUAAUCCCCGUCAAUCCCCGCACGCCCUGCCGUCGCAGCAUCCGCAUCAACCACCCCCGCCGCCGCAUCCUUCGCCACCCGAACCGCGCUAUCUCAACAGGUCGGAAGCAGCGGGUCUGCCGUACGGCGCGGCCAAGUCCACGUAUUCGUACCCGCAUCCGCCCACGGCCUCGCCGACGCCGUCGUCGCACUACACCACGCCGCCGCCGGCCGGCUCUAAGCCGAAAGUCAGCAGCCCGGCGCCGCCGCACAUUUACGGCAAGCCUAACUCCGGUAUCAUGACCGGCACGCCGGUCUGCCGUGCCUCCGAGCCGCCCGUCGCCGCACCGAUACCAUUGACCUCGAAGGCCGGCAGUUCGCCUUACCAGCAAGUGCCUCAUCAUCACGGGGCGCCGCCGCCGCCGUUGCCGCCGCCCGCGCAUAGCCGGCCGCCGAUUUACGACGGUCGCUACGUCGGCUCGUUGGCGAGCGCAAAACUGCCGCCACCGCCGUUACACGGUUCUCCACCAACGGCCGCCUCGGCGCCGCUUUCGAGGCCGAUCGCCCACCCUCAUCCCGCUCAUCUCAGUACCAGUCCGCAUCAGCAGUCAGGUCAGACGUUGCAGCACGCGCAGUCCCAGAUCACUACGGCCUUCCAGACGCAACCGCUCGACCUCGGUGUGGAGAGAUCGGGCUCGCCCAAGAGGAAAGCGCCGACGCCAUUGUGCGACGGUAACAGUCAGCCGGUGUCGUUGGAAGUCUUCAAGAAGAGAAGAACCGAGGAACCGCAACCAUUGUCCUUGCAAUGCGUCGGCCAACCCGUUCUGUCGAGGGUGAGCGAACCAAGUCCGCUCAUUGCCUCGGCCGCCACGUCCAUCACCACGGUCGUCAAUACCGCGGCGUUGCUGGCACAGUCGAAUAGUCAAACGACGCAGGAGCAACGCACGGUGACGGCUGUGAGCCUGGCACCAGGCGCCGCUAGCGGUGACGGUUCCACGCGACCCGCCAGCACCGGUAGCGUUUGCUCGCUGAACCCCGCGCCAUUGAGCGCUGCACCUAGCCCAGCACCUAUACCCAGUCCGGCGCCAUCUACAGCUCCCAGUCCGGCGCCCAGCGCGCCCGGCACUCCCGCCAAAGUAAACCCUAGUACCGGGGCGGACAGCGAGAAGUCCAACAGUCCGGCACCGAGGCCGCCUAGCAGUACUAGUUAUCCGGGGCACAAGUUGAAGAAGGCGUGGCUGCAGAGACACUCGAGAUGCGAGGACGGCACCGAGAAUAUCAGCAAUAUGGUCAGCAGUGUCACGUUACCCUUGAAUAUCUCCAGGGAGACGCCGUCGUCGAACAGCAAGGAUCGCGACAGCAGCAACACGUCGAAUGCGAACAACAGCAACGCGCCGACCACCUGCUUACCUAGUGCGGUUAAUUCGAUUCACAAUAUUGGUAGCAUGGCGGUGAAUAGCAUUCAAAAGAGCAAGGUCACCGGCAAGAGUGGUCGGAAACCAGCGAACAAGGAGUCGCUGAACGGUCACGCCACGGACACUAGCAAAACCCCGCAAGAGGACUCGUCCAGCAGCGACCCGGAGAGGAAGUCGCCGCCAAAACGAAAGCCACCCAAGGUAAAACGAAAGAAGGGCGCCGCACGAAGGCAACAAACGGCCGCGGAAGAUCAGCGGAGGCGAAAAGAGGACAAGCAAGGCGGCGGAGCUGGUGCAGGCAGCGAGUCCAGCAACGAGAGCGAGGCGGGCUCCGCCAGUGACACCAGCGAACAAUUGAGCACCAUUCAACCUGCUUCGAGGGUUCGACAUACCACGGCCAAUUCCAACAAUUCCUCAGGAAACGCAGGAAAUAAGGAGCCGAGGAAACGUGGUAGAAGACCAAAGACUACGAAAGGCAAUGAAGUAGGAGGGGAAGAUCAGCAGCCUCGUCAGAAGAAGGAACGUAGAGACGACAGUACAAGCGGCGGUAACAAUGGACCAGGCGGAAGUGGCGGACGAGGUGAUCCCUUUCGUAAACCACCGAUAUCGCAAUUGAAGAAAACUGGGGAGAGCUGGCUGCAGGAUGGCGCUUGUUUCGAGGUGGCUCCAAAGCUAGCCAAGUGUCGCGAGUGCCGAUGGACGCCGCAUCAGCGCUCCAAGAACCUUCCUCAAAACAUCUUCUGCAGAUUUUACGCGUUUCGCAGACUGCGUUAUACCAAAAACGGACAAUUGGCAAUAGCGGGAUUCAGCGACCCACACAAGGAUGCAUCCGAAGAUGAUCUUCGAUUAUGGUUACCAGGAAAAGAUAAUCAAGAAACAACAGGAAAAGAUGACAAAUCGGAGAAAAACGAGAAAGACAAAGGUGACCGAGAAGAUUUAGAUUUAGAAAUGGCUCAUCGGCUGCUUCGACAGGUUGGCGAUCAAUUUUGUGAUCUUUUACAUCAAGAAAAGGACGCUCUUCAAGAACACAUGGCUGAAGCGAGUUCGGGGGUUGUAGACGCAACAGUAGCAUGGAAACGAGUGAUCCAAGGUGUUCGAGAGAUGUGCGACGUGUGUGAGACUACCUUAUUCAAUUAUCAUUGGGCCUGCGGCAAAUGCGGUUUCGUUGUGUGCAUCGACUGUUAUAAGGGACGUAAAAAUGGGACAAUCAAGUGUUGGGGCGAGAGUGGAAAAGACAGAGACGAAUUCUCAUGGCUUCUAUGCACGAAUAGACAAGCACAUGAACCGGAACGGCUCAUGCUCACGCAAAUUAUCGCUGGGGACAGUCUUUUGCGAUUGGGGCAACGUCUGCACGACUGUCGUGGAGAAUGGGGAAUCCCCCAACAUUGCGUUUGUUCUCUCGUAACUUCGACACAGUCCAACGAGAUCCUUCGAAAUCUGAUCAAAGGUGAUUCUGUGCUUGUUCUCAACGGAAAUGUAAAGGAUGCGAAGGAAGAGAAGAAGAUAAAUGAAUCUAACGGUGCAUCGGAAAGCAAGACCAACGGCGAGGAUAAAAACUCACCGCUGAACUGGCUAGCGGAUGUAGCGUUGCAGAAUCAGGACAAAAACGAAAGCGGUUCGAGUUCGGAUUCGGAUGAAGAUCGCGAGAACUUCUCAACAUUACGGGAAUUGCUCAUCAGGCCAUCGCACAAGUCAAAUGGUAGCGGCGGAUCCAGAUCAAAUUCGCCGACUACCAACUCGAGCGGUGGGGUAAACGCUACUAGCGGGGCCAGCAAUAACGCUUCGCAAAAUAAUGUCGCCAAAUCCAAAAAAUCAAAGAUGGAUACGCUUGAUGAGGUAAUAUCCAGUGUGAUCGAGCAUAGUGUGAAGAAGGAAAGGGAUAGCGGUCUGGACGACGAAAAACCACGGGAGUUGAAGCAUUUUGUGCGACGUUACAAGUGGACUCAGCGUGGCCGAGAGCCAUUACCGAUCAGAAUUAUGACGUUGACGGAGAGUAAAAGCCUCUAUCCGGAUGUCCCGCAUUCCUGGCUCUGCGAUGGCAAACUAUUGAGGUUAAACGAUCCGAAUAAUCCCAAUAACUACAGAAUAUUCCAGGAUCAAUGGAAGCGAGGACAGCCGGUGAUCGUAUCGGACGUUUCCAAGGCGCUGGAUAUGAAUCUCUGGCAUCCGGAUUCGUUCGCCCGCGAUUUCGGCGAUGAGAAGAAUGAUCUCAUUAACUGUAUGACCGGCAAUUUGGUGCCCAAUCAACCGAUGCGUAAGUUCUGGGAGGGAUUCGAGAACUACUCGAAACGGCUAAAGGACGACCGGGGAAAUUCCAUGCUGCUGAAAUUGAAGGAUUGGCCGCCUGGCGAGGAUUUCGCUGAGCUACUGCCAUCAAGAUUCACGGAUCUAAUGAAGGUUCUUCCAUUAUCCGAGUACACGCAUAGGAACGGCAGACUAAAUUUGGCGAGUCGUCUGCCUAAUUGCUUCGUGAGACCAGAUCUGGGCCCAAAGAUGUACAAUGCUUAUGGUUCCGCUCUUCACCCCACUAAAGGCACGACUAACCUUCAUCUCGAUAUCUCGGACGCUGUAAAUGUCAUGGUAUAUGUAGGGAUCCCAAAGGAUGCCGAUAGCAACGAACACAUCAAAGAAGCGUUGAAAGCAAUAGACGAAGCAGGCUGUGAUGUUCUGACGCGUCGUCGUGCUCGCGACCCUAACGAAGCACCUGGUGCAUUAUGGCACAUUUAUGCGGCUCGUGAUGCGGACAAGAUUCGAGAUCUUUUGAAUGCUGUUGCCUUAGAACGCGGAGCUCGCUUGGAGCCGCAUCAUGAUCCCAUACACGAUCAGAGUUGUUACUUGGAUGGAGCAUUGCGCGAUCGAUUGUAUCGAGAAUACGGUGUCGAAGGAUACGCCAUCGUUCAGUGUCUGGGUGACGCAGUAUUCGUUCCAGCUGGCGCACCGCAUCAAGUCCGCAAUCUUCACAACUGCAUAAAAGUGGCCGAGGAUUUCGUGUCGCCGGAAAACGUUUCUCAUUGCUUCCACUUGACCCAAGAAUUUCGUGCAUUAUCCGACACGCAUACUAAUCACGAGGACAAACUCCAGAUCAAGAACAUCAUUUAUCACGCCGUGAAGGAUUCUCUGACCGUCUUGGCUAACGUUAAGGAGGAGACUCUAACUAAACUGGCCAAGACCAACAAUGAGACAAAAAAUAAGGAAGAGACCUAGCCGUAAGUUCUUGCGGUACGGUCGUAAGACCUUUUGAUAAAAUUCCCUUGAUUGGGUCUCGUCAUGCGGGCGAGAUUAAUCGUUGACGAUCUCCCGAACCCAGCAAAGCUGGCGAAAUCGGGAGAAUUUGUAGAAGAGAAUCCGUUCUCGCCGCGGAAAAAUCAUCGAAAAAGUGCGAGGAUUGUGAUAUAUACAUACAAUAUACAUACUUACAUAAAUACACGCAUACAUAAAUACACGCAUAAAUACAAGUAUGUAAUGUUAAUAAAUUUUUUUUAUCGGGAUGAGAAAUAUAUUGGUUGAGCCAAUAAUGAUUAAUUAUUUACAUUGUUUUAUUUGAAUUUUCUUAUGUAUACAUUUUUUUUGCUCUCCCGUAUUUUUUCCCCAAGAGAGAUGCCCGCGGACAUGAAGUCCGACGAGCUGUACCAUGAGUGGAAAAAAAAUUGUGAACCGGAUUGCGCAUAGAUAAAACGCCGCGUCCAUUACUUGUGAUAAUGAUAAUGACUCGAAUUUUGACUCGCAUACAUUAUUUGUAAUUAAUUAUAUCGUGCCUGUAUCCAAUACACACAUACAUACACAUAAACACUGUCUAUAUUAUAUAAAUGUAGAUAAUUGUGAAAUAUUAUGUAAUGAAUUUUUGCUAGCAACUACCAGAUAGAAAGGAGGGAAAAAGAAAAAAAGGGGUUGUCUAGAAAUACCUUUGUGCAAUUAGAUGUUCGUACUAUUAUAUAUAGCUCUGGAUCAAAGCGAUAACUGUGGAUCCAUUUAAUCGUGUGCUCUGGUGAUCUGGUGCUUUCGGUAUUUGAUUAAAGUCCCGGCCAGAGAUAGCCGAUACGUAUUCGCGUAUUUAAGUCUCUUAUGUUCCACGCGACAAGGGCAUAAGGAUAAAAAAACACUGCCUAAUUAAUCGGUCCGACGAUAAUGGAAGAGAUAAAUGAAUCUUUUCGCACUUUUAUUAGUAGAUAAUUUGCAUCGUUCGCGUUCUUUAGAGGCAUAUUGUUUUCCAAUGGCGACAUAUGUAUCGGUUAUGCGAGCGGCGGGGGGGGGGGGGGGUGUUGCUACAAGUUUUGUAUGUCACUUCGAUGUAUAAGACAUCAAAACGAGAGAAAGAAUACAAUUUCUUCGAUAUUAACUUUUCGAGAUAUAAUGGCGGAUGUGUGAAAUAGAUGAACAGUUGAAUUGAACACGUUUUAUUAUUGCUGUCGUGAUUACCCAGUGACUACCCGGCGUGUAAUGAACCGGGAAUAAUUAAUAAGAUGAACGUGUUAUUUUUGUCAUAUACAAAUCGACAAAAGACAGCGAUAACAAUUAUAUUGUAACGACACGCUGAGACGUAAUAUGAGAAAUUAUUUGCAGUAACAUUAAGUAAAAAAAGAAAAAGGAUAACGACUUUUGAAGUGCCAAUGUUGAACGACUUAGAACAUUUAAGUGUGCGCGCAUUGUGUAAGCGUUUAUGCGUAAGUAGAAAAAAAGGAAAAAUGAGAAAUAAAUAAAAGAAAAAGAAUUAGUCACGCAAAAUUCGCAGAGAUGACAGGCCGAGUUCCUAUCAUUUCAUAAGAAUAGUUCACACGAAUCGUAUAAAGUAUUUCCGUUAUUCGUACUGUCAUUGACGAUUCGAAAAUUGCUGUCAUUUCCGGUUUUUUUCCCCCGUAGAAUUUGUUCGAUAGUGCGCGAAUAAACUAUGAUGAAAAUAUAAAUAUUUGCGUUGAUAAUUUAUGACGCGUAAUAAUUUAUAAUAAAGACAGCAAUUCUCGAUUCUAAUAUAAUGUCGUCGAGUAUGCGCGAUUUUCACGACGCAUCAAUCUUAUUAUAUGGCUGGUAUAAUUAACACGAGCGUGUAAACAAAAAGAAGAAUGAGCAGAAAAAAAGGAAAGAAUAAAAAAUAUAUCACUGGCAUCCUAAAAAUCCGCAAGUUCUUUGAUCUCAACAUUCGUCUAGCAUACAACGACUUGAUUAAAUAAUAUUUAACGAGUAAAUUUUUAAAUAUCUUAGUGUCGAUAAGUAACAAUUACAAGAAAAUGUGUAAACUACAAACAACAAAAGUAACUAACUCCAGAACGGCGGUGUAUAAAGUUUUAGGGGGACGUGUAUUUCCGUGUAUUAUUGCUGCAGACGAGACGCUAUUGUUUGUUCUCUUGCUACGUGUAUAUGUACAUACAUUUAUAUAUACAUAUAUACAUCCGUAUAUGUAUACAUAUAUAAAUACGAAGAAGAGGGAAGAAGUCUAGGGACUUGUAAUGGAUAAGGAUAUACACAGACACACAAACCUUUACGAAACACGAAAAAAAUUACACACCUUAUACACACGCGUAGAUAGAUAGUUUAUUAUGCCAUUAUUAUAAUUAUUAUAUAUUAUCAUAUUAUUACGAUUAAUUAUUACGGAAAAUACGAUAUUUAAAUGUUGCUAAAUAUAUGCCGAAAGGAGCACGAGCGCGCGAGUAUAAAUGGUCAAAAAGAAGAAAUUGGAAGAGAAAGAGUUAACGCGAUGCUUAAGCAAAUGAGGAAAAGAUACAGAAAGAAUGUGCGUGAGUGAGAGAAAAAAAGGUGUUGCGUGUGCGUGUGUGUAAUCCGGUGAAAAUGUGACAGAUCGAGAGAACAUGGGGCCGUGUAUUGGGGGCGGAGUUGAAUGGCUAGUAUAACAAUGUACAGACCUUGGAGUCCUAUGCGAUAUAUAUAUAUAUAUAUAUAUAUAUAUAUAUAUAUAUAUAUAUAUCCAUCCCCGAAAAAUGUUCCACCCUAUCUACCUAUUUGUCCUAUCCUACUUUUCCCUUCUAUCAACCACCGGCCGCCCCCAGUCAUAGCAGUUAUGAACCGCGGGCCGGCAGGUCUGAGUAUAAUUUUUUGUACUGUGUAAAUGUAAGAACAUACGUUUGAAUAAGAAAAAUGUUUAUAUUACGAAA